GAAUGGUAGGAGCAUGCAGUCAGACUUCCUAGGUUUCCGUACAUGCUCUUGUUUAGUUCGUAUGUGCUGUGCGAUCGAAGCCGACCUCUUUUCUCACUCAAUAUCCUUAUAUAGUGUGAAGAUCUGUUAUGAUCCGGUUUCUUGGCAGGAGUGGGCAGGGAAUGUGAGUCAGUAUUCCAAGAGUUAAAUCUUUCCCGGGAAGCCAAGGAGGCAGACGUGUUCACUCUCACACGCUGACGCACGCGCUCGCUGUUUCUGCUGGCUGGAUUACAUCGUGUCUGUGUGAAAGAGAGCUGCGUUGCUUCAUCUGCAAGUCUGUCCGAGCGAUCCCGCAAUCUUUCAAGUUCAAGAAGAAUGCUGCGCCGGGGCUGAUACACGCGCGCAUACACAUUCAUACCGAGCAAACCUUCUCGGAGGAUGGCCACUGCUGUGUUUCAGGUUUCAAGCCCGUGUGUUCCUGUUGCCAACUAUGAACUGGCUCCCAGCAAUGACCUGCCUCUGAAACAUGUAGAGACAACCGGCUCAACGAAAUCCACCAAAAGCAUGGAGUCUCGACGCAGACCAUCCAGGAGUUUGAGUUUAAUCCAGGCCAUGGAUGAAAACUAUGAGGUGGAUCUGGUCUACAUCACAGAACGCAUCAUAUCUGUGACGUUCCCAAGUUCGGCAGAGGAACAGAGCUACAGCGCUAACAUAAAGGAGGUGGCCAGCAUGCUACGCUCCAAACAUGGAGACAACUAUUUGCUCUUCAACCUCAGCGAGAAGCGAUAUGAUAUCUCCAAACUCAACCCUAAAGUGCUGGAUUUUGGCUGGCCGGACCAUCACGCUCCAGCCCUGGAUAAGAUCUGCAGCAUCUGCAAAGCUAUGGACACAUGGAUGAAUUCAGACAGUCACAAUGUGGUGGUCUUACACAAUAAGGGAAACCGAGGUCGAACCGGGGUGGUUGUAGCCGCUUACAUGCAUUACAGCAACAUAUCAGCGAGUGCAGAUCAAGCCCUGGACAGGUUUGCCAUGAAGAGGUUUUAUGAAGAUAAAGUGCUUCCUGUAGGUCAACCCUCCCAGAGAAGGUAUGUGCAGUAUUUCAGCGGUCUGCUCUCUGGCCACAUCAAAAUCAACAACAAGCCUCUGUUUCUCCAUCACGUCAUAAUGCACGGGAUCCCCAACUUUGAGUCCAAAGGGGGUUGCCGCCCUUUUCUCAAGAUCUACCAGGCGAUGCAGCCCGUCUACACAUCUGGGAUCUAUAAUGUCCAGGGAGACAGUCAGACCAGCAUCUGUAUCACUAUUGAGCCUGGCCUGCUUCUCAAAGGAGACAUACUGCUCAAGUGUUACCACAAACGGUUCCGCAAUCCGUCCCGUGACGUCAUCUUCCGUGUGCAGUUUCACACAUGUGCCGUUCAUGACCUGGGAAUCGUCUUCGGCAAAGAUGAGCUGGAUGAGACUUUUAAAGAUGACAGAUUUCCUGAAUACGGAAAGGUGGAGUUUGUCUUUUCAUUUGGUCCAGAAAAAAUCCAGGGAAUGGACCACCUUGAAAAUGGGCCUAGUGUUUCAGUGGACUACAAUACGCAAGACCCUCUGAUCCGAUGGGAUUCCUAUGAGAACUUUAACCAGCGCUGUGAAGAUUCAAUGGAGGACGUGAUUCACACACAAGGUCCCUUGGAUGGUAGCCUCUACGCUAAAGUUCGGAAGAAAGACUCUUUGGAGGGAGGAGUCACAACCAAUGGUCUUCCAGCCACUGCCGAUCACUCUUUACCUGCUGUAGACCACACCCUACCCCCAGUCGACCACGCCUUGUCUGUCAGCAGUGACUCGGGCAACUCCACAGCAUCCAUCAAGACUGACCGCACCGAUGAAGCCAGUCAGCAGCCGGCCUUGGUGAGUCAGCCGUCCUCCCAGCCCCUCAGCCCAGAGGAAAAACAAGAGCUGGAUCAGUUGCUCAGUGGUUUGGAAGCACCAAUGCAUCGGACAGGUUACCAGAGCACCUCUGGGAGCGGAGGGGGUGGGGUCCUGCACCUUGUCCCUGCCCAGGUUCAUGUGAACGGACAUAACAACGUAGACAGAGAAACGGAUAUUCUUGACGAUGACCUGCCUAACAGUCAAGAAGGAAACAGCGUGGACAGUCUUGGAACCCUGUCUUCAUUCGAGGGCAGAGCCACUCCAGCUGACCUGUACUACCAAUCGGAAACGGUCAUUAAUGGGCAAGAUGUGCCCUACUUGGAGAAGAGUGUCCAUGUGAAAGUGCCACAGCCUAAAGUUCCUGUCCAUGGCUCCUUAUCUGCCCAGGAUAACUUGGGAGCUCCUAGUGGCUAUGCCAUCCAGAACGGCAACAUCUAUCGAUCGCAGUCAUUUGGGGCAACCCUCGGCACAGAUCAGAAAUAUAUGCCUAAAGCUCCCGCUCGCACAACAAGCAGUAGGGAUGCAGUGCAAAGGGGACUGAAUGUGUGGCAGCAGUAUGGCGUUCCAGAGGUCCCUGUUACAGAUGGGGUCACCUUCAAUCCUGUACUGCAAUCGCACAGCCUGCCCGAGUUUCCUCACAUGGCGUCACAGCAAGACAUUGAGCAGUCCAUUGAGGCACUCAACAUGCUUAUGUUGGAUCUUGACCCGGCACUUACCCAAGUGCCCAAGUCCCACAGCGCCCCAUCCGGGGACGGUGGUGUAGUCACCACUCAGCCGUCUUUCGGUCAGAGCCAGACACGGCCUUCCUUCCAGGCUGACGCGGCCAUUCACGAGCGUGGAAUAGCCUCUUCGGUGGGAUACCCUCUGGUCCAUCAACACUUCUCAUCUGCGUCCCCAGAGCCACAGCAGCCGGUCAUCAACCAACAGAGACCCACAACCUUAUCCCAGCAUGCUUCCUUUCCCUCUGAGACUGAGGCUGCUCACAUGUCCCAGUCAACAGUGCCUUCAUCCACCUUUGGAGUUCUCCAGCUGAAACCCCUAAACAUCUACCCCUCCAGUACCACCUCCCAGUCCCCUGAGCCGCUGGAGAGCCAGCGUAGCUACUCUGCCUCCUCAUCUCCUCUGCCCAGAGAUACCGAACAAGAAGAUGGCAACUACAGAUUGGAGGGUCUGGUAGCUCACCGUGUAGCUGAGUACACCGCUCGUAUCCGAGGCAUCAGUGACCGUCCGGGUGUUCCUGUGCUCGGCCACCGGCGGCGUUCUAUCUCCUUCAGUGGAGUAGUCCAGUCUGGUGAAAUGUCACCCAGUGACGCUUCGGCUCCCGGACGGCGUCGGACCGCCAGCGAGAGUCUGUCCCAGGAAGAGAGUCCGACCAGAGGAAGUUCAGUCCGCUCCCCCAUCCGCUGCAUCUCACCUGAGCUGGCCAAUACAAUCGCUCUGAAUCCAGGGGGGCGGCCUAAGGAGAAGCACAUGCACAGCUACAGAGAAGCGUUUGAGGAAAUGGAUGGGGGGCCCGUCAGCCCCCCUCCGAGCUUCGGUGGUGAGGCUCUACCCCAAACCCCUGCCUUCCCUGUCUCGCCACAAACCCCUUACUUCAACCUGUGUCGAUCCCCUCCAGGAUUGGCAAAAACACCACUGUCCUUUUUGGGCCUAAAGCCUCACAAUCCUGCUGAGAUACAGUUGAACCAGGCGGGCUCAGAGCCUCGCAGCUAUGUGGAGUCUGUGGCCAAAGCCGCGGCAGGGGCGGGCGGUCCACCAGCUUCACCCGUGUCCAUGACAUAUGACAGCGACAGCUUAGCUCGCCCCACCGCUGCGUCCCACGCCCUGAACUCACCACUUUCCUCCAGCAGUCCCAUUCAGAGUCCUGAUGCAGUUGAAAGCACAUUGGUCGAUAGUGGGGUGGGGAUGAAUUCUCUAUCUCAGCCUGCCAUUGAUACCUAUCACUCCCAGCAUCCCGAAAACAUGUACCGAAUGCCCACACCCUCCUACCCCACAUCUCACAGCAUGCUGGGUAACUAUAUCACCCCUGAUUUCAGCCCCUCCCUACCAGAGAGCGUACAAAACAUGGCCACGACAACCCAGCCAAUCACCGGGAGCACUGCAACAAGACACUACGAUCUCAUGCCCGACGUGACAUCCGGCCCUGGCUUUCAGCACCGAAUAACCAAUCAAGACAGCCCGGUUCUGGGCCGACAGCCAACCCCAGCUAACGGUCACCCGCCGGGAAUUCCGGGUAGCCCCAUGCAAGUGAGACACACAAUGGUGUCCCAGGGAACGCAGAGCAGUCCGAUGAUGUCUAGACAAUACCCCGCCAACCAAGGGACUCCGGGUAGUCCGAUCCUCAGCAGACAGCCAUCGGGUCAACAAGCUGUUCAGAGCAGCCCGGUUCUCAGCAGACAGCCGGCCAUGAUGAUGCCCAGUCAAAGCAGCCCUGUGUUGGGCAGACAGCCGUCCGUUACGCAGGGCAGUCAAGGCAGCCCUGUCCUGACCAGACAGUCCUCACUGACACAUCAGGGCAGCCCUAUUUUAGGACAUCACCCGUCGAUGACGCAGGCGACCCAGGGCAGCCCCAUUCUGGACAGGCACCCAAUGUACAGCGGCUACAAUACUCCGGACGAGAGACACGGAGCGCUGUCACGCCAAAGCAGCUCCUCUGGAUACCAGCCGCCAUCAACACCUUCCUUCCCCGUCUCUCCGGCCGGAUACAUGGAUGGAGUGGGAUUCAGACAAGGCAGCCCCGGCCCGCAACCUCAGCUUCCCGAGAAGAGACGCAUGUCGAGCGGCGAACGCCCCAACGGAGGUUUGUCUUACGGGACGCUUAACGGGAAAAUGUCCUCGUCGAUGUCCAGCAGCGGCAGCACCCCAAGCGUCCAUUUCUUUCACACGCUUCCUGAUUUCUCCAAACUCAACAUGUGUGAUGGAAGUCCAGAGACAAGGAUGAAUGUAAAGUUUGUCCAGGACACAUCGAAAUUCUGGUAUAAACCAGACAUCUCCAGAGACCAAGCGAUCAACAUGUUGAAGGACGAAGACCCUGGAGCUUUUGUUAUUCGAGACAGUCAUUCAUUCAGAGGUGCCUACGGCUUGGCCAUGAAAGUUGCUUCACCGCCUCCAACUGUGCAGCCCACAAAGAAAGCUGGAGAUGUCACCAAUGAGCUGGUGAGACAUUUUCUAAUUGAGACGAGUCCAAAGGGUGUGAGACUGAAGGGCUGCCCCAAUGAACCGUACUUUGGCUGUUUGUCUGCGCUGGUUUACCAGCACUCCAUCACUCCACUGGCUUUACCCUGCAAACUCGCCAUACCAACCAGAGAUCCUCUGGAGGAGUCGCCUGAGACCGCGACACCAACUAACCCUGCCACUGAGAUGCUCAAACAGGGCGCAGGGCAGAAGAGCUCUACUGAAGCCCAUGCAUGCAAUGUUUUGUAUAUAAACUCUGUGGAUAUGGAGUCUCUGACUGGGCCUCAGGCCAUUGCUAAGGCAAUUUCAGAAACGAUGGCAACCAGCCCGGCACCCACAGCCACCAUUGUUCAUUUCAAGGUGUCGGCACAAGGCAUCACGCUUACUGACAACCAGAGAAAGCUUUUCUUCAGACGUCACUACCCCAUAAACACAGUCACCUUCUGUGAUAUUGAUCCCCAGGAGAGAAAGUGGAGCAAACCAGACGGUGGGAAUGCAAAGUUCUUUGGCUUUGUGGCCAGAAAACAAGGUAGCACAACAGACAACGUGAGCCACCUGUUCGCCGAAAUGGAUCCUGAUCAGCCGGCCACAGCCAUCGUAAACUUCGUCUCGAAAGUGAUGAUCAGCUCUCAGAAGCGGUGAACGCUUCCCGUGCCAUGCCGCUCUCUUAAAGACUUUCUGUUUGUUUCGUUUGAGUUUUAUCAAGUUUCUGUUUUUCGUUCGUUCGGGUGAAAGUUGCGCGUACGUGUGUGACGGAGGGCAAUCCGGGUGGAAAUGAGGAAGCGGGAUAGUGGAAGUGCAGCGUGGGUGUUGAGGAAUGACGUGAAGAGGGGAGGUGGUCUUCAUCUCACUUUGAGCGGAAUUGGAAAUGUCGUCAGUGAUUUUGUCGCUCUUUUUUUAAGAAAAAAGGAAAAGAAAAAGUAAAAAUGAGGGUUGAAGAGGAUUAGACUUUGGGGCUGAUGUACCAAAGAUGAGAGCGCAGUCAGGACAAACCAGUCAUUAUUCACUAUAUAUAUCUUGGUAAGCCACGACUGAUUUGUCAAAACUGUACAUAAGAACUGAUACUUCCUUCUUAAAGCCGCUCUUGUUUCUCACGCUAGAAAUGCAAGACCACGCCAUAUCCAAACUAAAAACUUUUUCCGGUACUGUCUGGAAAAACUCAAAAAGACUCUUCUUGGGUAUUUGAAAUGUCCUGCAUGUGACAGACCUAUCAAAAACUGAAGACAGGUAUGAGAGAGAGCAGUAGUUGUCUGGUCAUUCCCACCCAUAAACCCUUAAGAAAACCUUGCGGGUUGUUGGAGGCAUCCUUUCAUUUUGUCGGCUUUUUGUUAACCUCCUUGUUCUGGUCCGCACACAUCCAGCGGCUGAGACCUGUGGUUUCACCGUGCAACUAAAGUAUCUUAUGGUGCAUUCAUUCACCUCAGAAAGUCACAAUUUCCAGUCUCUGACUUCCAGAGUCCUGUUCCAUUGCCCGACACUUAGGCCCUGUUUACACGAGAACGCUCGAGGGGGAAAACGUAAAAAUAUUUUAUCGGAUGUGCCUUUCGUUUAAACGGCGACAGUGUUUCUGGGGCUUAAAAACGCAAAAAAGUGGAACAACCCUCUAGAGUGGAAAUCUUAAAAACGCUCUCCCAUCGCUCUAGAGUCGGCUCACGGUGGCUUUCAUCGCUUACGCGUUUAUGUCACAGGCAAGCGCAAGUUCAGGAAAAUAACAACAAACAUGUUGGAUUAUUUUCAUACGUCGGACCUUCAAGUUGCCAUAGCAGCUCUGAUAAAUAUACAAGGUUCUUUCCAGCAGUUGUAUGAAAUAUUCACAGCUAGUAUUACUGAUCAGAGAAGGUGCAUUAAUUACCUCCAUCAAAUUGUUAAUGCGCCAAUUCGUCGGAGGCAAACAAGACGGAUUUGGUCGAGACCUGGGAGAACAAGGAAGAAGGUUGUAAACAGGUGUGUGGACUUGGUGUUGUUGUGUGUCAGUGCUUUACAUUGCCACCUAGCCGUCUGGAGUGCAUACUACAUCGCAUUUCACACACUUUUGCGUCACCAUAUGCACGCAGAUCCCCCCCCCCCAAAACGCUCGUAUAAACGCGGAAUAAAAAGUGAUAAUGCAACGCCACUUUUACGUUUUCUCUUCAGAUCGUUUCCGUGUAAACGUAGCCUUAGAUGAUUUAUCAUCAGAGACCCUGACUUAUCUCAACCAAAUUAAGGAUGUUAUUAUUUGCAAGCGUGUGUACAUUUACAUUUAUGCAUUUGGUAAAUGCUUUUAUCCAUAUCUAUGCAAUCGAAUAAAAGGUUCCAAGCAGAAAUUUGGAAAUUUUGACUUCUCAGGUUGAGUGCUUCAGGAUCUUUCAUGCACCUGCAUCAUGCAUCAGUCUUUAGUUGCUGGUUUGUUCACUACUAGUCUCAAGGUGACCUUGGGGUGAAGCAGGUGUCCAUCAUCCAAUGCUUUCUUUUCUUCAGAAUUGUGUAAGGUUUAACAGAAUGUGUGUGUCUGUCACAUAUCUACGCCUCUCUUAAAACACACUUACAGUUUCGUUCUACCCCAAAGGAAGCUAAGUAAAUAUAUAUAAAAAAAAUACUUCAAAUAAGUGAUUUUACUGAAUAUUUAUUGUAUUAUUUGCUACUUUUUGCUCCAUGUUAACUCAUUUACUCAUAGAUAUAUUGUAUAGUCUACAUAAAGAUUAGCCUUUGAAAUAAAUACUCUUUAUUUUGGCUAAUAUUUCAAAACCAUGUAAUUUUGAGAAGCAUAUAUGGUGUAAAGUGUAUGUAUUUGGAAAGCUUGUUAUUAUUUUCUUGUUUUUUCCUUCUGGUUUGAAUGAGAGUAGGGUUUAAAGUAAAAAAUUCAUUGUCGCUUUGGACGACCGUAUCAUUAUUAGAGAUUACAUCUGAAGAUUACAAAGUGAGUUGGCCGAUAUGUUUACUGCAAGAGGCUUUGUGUAAAGAAGAGUAAGGAAACAUGUCUUUAUUUUUGUAUUAUUAUUGUUAUUAAUAUUAUUUUUGCACCCUUUCCCCUUCCAGUAUUCAACCCAGCGUUCCCCAGCAGUCGGUCAUUUUUUAGGCAGAAUUCAGUAUUUUGUUUUAUACUGCCAUCGUGAGGAACUGUCAGGUAUUGCUAGUCAUGUUUGCCAUCUAUGCACCAUCCUUUACAUUCACAGAAUCCUUGUGAAAUGAAUCGAUUGAAAGUAAUACUGCAGUGUUUUAACUGUGAUUCGAGGAGAAAGUCCCCAUCGAUCCCUUAAACUGGUUUGAUACCCUCAUGUCCCGUGUCAGCCAGAAGAUAGAGGUGGCUUUAGGCUGAAUAAUGUUUUCGUUUUGUAUGUAAAUACUUCAUUUUUGCCAAAGAUUUUAUUUCACUUGUGUAUGCCUUAGUUUGAGAAAAGAUUAUUGUCUGGUUGUUUUUGGCAUGGGAGUCUUUUUUGACUCUAUAUGACUGUGUUUGGUUGUCAUGAUACCUUUUGUUUAGCCUUAAAAAAACUACUCCAAAAAAUGCAAAGCACUUAAAUAUUAGGAGCUGAGAAAUAAAAAAUAAAACUUAAAAUUAAUAAGGCCGCUUCACUUAGUCUAAUAGUCGUAGGCCGGGAUGAACAUUUCUGCAUUGAUUUUGUAAAAUCUGCUGAAUUCUGGAUGUAAAACGUGUUAAAUGAGUGUGCGUGUGCAACGCUCUUAUUGGUAGCCGAAAUAUGCAAUAAAGCAACUUGCAAGGAGCAGGGAAUGAAUGAACGAAUGGCAGAUUUUUCAUCUUUGCAGGUGUAAAUUCCUUUUGGGCCUGCAUGUGAAUGAUUAUGCACACUACUAGAUUACAUAUAAACUUGCUUUGCUUGCCUUUCUGGACAUUUCAUUGGAUGCAUAGGCUUAGAUGAACAGAUCACAUGCGUAGACUGAACCACAGAAAAAUAACGUAUGGCAGAUAUUGGCGGUCGGAGAAAGAUCUGCCACCGAAAUCAGCUCCCCACCUCUCAAUGUAUUAGCAGUGUUGUAUUAUUAUAUUUUUUUACGUCCACUUGUUAACAUACUUAGAAUGUGUGAAUGAGCUACUAUUGCUGUACAGAACCACGUCUUUUUAUUUGCGUUAUGUUUUACAGCCUCAUAUUGUAUUGUUUUGGCAAAAAAUACAUUAAAGAGCAAUCCAAAUCAGUUACAUUAAAGAAGUACACUGUUGCUAGAAAA